AUGUAUCGAGACCUUCGAGAAUUGUAUUGGUUUCCAGGGCUUAAGCGUGAAGUUAUUGAUUUUGUGAGUAAGUGCCUAACUUGCCAACAGGUUAAGGUGGAGCAUCAGUUGCCUUCAGGGUUACUUAAGCCAGUUAAUAUUUCGCUUUGGAAGUGGGAGAGAGUAACUAUGGAUUUUGUUAGUGAGCUACCCUUAACACCUACUAAGAAAGAUUCAAAGUUGGCUAAACUGUAUGUGUCUGAAAUUGUGAGACUGGAUGGGAUACCAGUUUCCAGUAUAUUCGAUAGAGAUCCUCGCUUCACGUCUCAGUUUUGGAGAAAGUUGCAUGAAGCAUUGGGUACAAGGAAAAAAUCAUACGCAGAUCUAAAGCGUAAAGAGAUUCAGUAUUCUGUGGAAGACUUGGUGUUUCUCAAGGUCUCGUCAUGGAAGAAGCUUGAGUUACCUUCAGAUUUGGACCAGAUUCAUAACAUAUUCCACAUCUCUAUGUUGAGGCGAUAUCGUUCUGAUCCUGCGCACAUCGUCUCGAUUGAGGAGAUUAAGGUUAGGUCGGAUCUGACCUUUGAGGAAGAGCCAGCUCAGAUUUUAGAUCGUGAUGUGAAGGUUCUGAUGAGGAAGUCAGUUCUACUGGUUAAGGUGCUAUGGCGUAAUCACAGUUCUGAGGAAGCCAUGUGGGAACCAGAAGAGAUUUCUGGGACUCUGAAGCUUGGACAGUUGGUAUUUGAGGGAAGUGGGAGUGUGUAG